AGGGAGACCGAAGAAGAGGAAAAUCCCGAGAGGCCAAAGAGAAAAAAGCUCACUUCAUCGCCUCAGCCCCGCCGCACCCCCACACCCGCCGACGACGCGAUGAUUCCCAACCUCUCCGCCCUCGAGAACCACUUCGGCGCCGCCGCCGCCGGCAGCGACGACCUCGGCGGCCUCUUCUCCGCCGACGCCGCUGGCCAGCUCGCCCUCGAGUUCCCCACCUGCAACGACUUCGAUGGGUUCCAGAAGGCGACCAAGGAGAUGGUGAACAACAAGAAGGGGACCACCACGCUCUCCUUCAUCUUCGACAAGGGCGUCAUCGUCGCCGCCGACUCCCGGGCCAGCAUGGGCGGCUACAUAUCCUCGCAAACUGUGAGGAAAAUCAUCGAGAUUAAUCCCUACAUGCUGGGAACCAUGGCUGGAGGUGCUGCUGAUUGUCAGUUUUGGCAUAGAAACUUGGGGGUCAAGUGCCGGCUCCAUGAGCUUGCGAACAAGCGAAGGAUCUCUAUUGCUGGUUCUUCAAAGACGUUAGCUAAUAUCCUUUACUCGUACCGCGGGAUGGGACUUUCAAUCGGUACAAUGAUUGCUGGAUUUGAUGAAACUGGUCCGGGCUUGUACUAUGUUGAUAGCGAGGGUGCAAGGCUCAAGGGAAGCCGAUUCUCUGUUGGUUCUGGCUCUCUAUAUGCUUACGGUAUCUUGGAUGAGGGUUACAAAUUCAACAUGUCAGUUGAGGAAGCUGCUGAGUUAGCUCGGCGGGCUAUUUACCAUGCAACAUUCCGUGACGGAGCUAGUGGUGGCUGUGUUAGUGUCUACUACGUUGGCCCUGACGGCUGGAAGAAGCUGUCCGGAGAUGAUGUCGGAGAGCUGCACUACCACUACUACCCAGUCCAGGCGGCUCCCGUCGAGCAAGAGAUGGCCGAGGCCCCCUCUGCGUCAACCUGAUUGAUGUCGUACGAAAUUCCGUGAACUGUGCUGAAGCACCUUGUUUUAUGGACUGGGGGCUUGUUUGUCUCCUCCUCGACAUUAGAGUGUUCUCUUCUGAGACCUGCUGAUGUUCGACUUACACAUCUGUUAUGGAAGUGUGGUUGUAGACUGAUGAAUGUUAUAGAUGUUUCCAUUGAAGUUUCAUUUGAAUUCGCUUGCU